AUGGACAGAAACACUGACAGAGAUCCACAGAAGCAAUUGAACCAGAAGACUAUGAAUGACCUCGCCCAAAACUCCCAGGAUGGAUUGCUGGUUACACAUGUUAACCAGACCCAGGACUUACUGCAGCUGCAGGGAAGUGAGACCCAGACAUCAGCUCUGGAAGACUCCGAAGACUGGCUUGCAAUGCACAGUUUAAAGUUUGAGAAACUCACCUUGGCUGACCUGAUAAGCCAGGGCACAGUUGAGCUGGAGGAUCAUAACAAUGCUGCGCCCAGAGUGCAUUUCACCACCCAGACCAUCCUCCACUUCAAAUCAAGGCUUUCUGACACUAUUGAACGCUAUCAGCAGAGGCUGCGGUGGCUCUCGGAGAACAGCAAGAAGGCAUUUGGCCUCAUCAAGGGAUCAAGAGUGGGCCUCCUCAUAGAUUCCUCACAGGUCAGCGGUGGCCCUCAGCCAGAGGAAUUCCAAAAUGACCUCGCAAGUCUCAUUGAUGAGCAGCUGAGCCACAAGGAAAAGCUGUAUGUCCUGUCCUUCGGUGUCACCACCCGCCUCCUCUGGCCGACCCCUGUGGAAGUCAGCACUUCCACCCUCCAGAAACUCAAGCUCUGGGUAAAGACACUACAGCCCGAGGGAAGCAGCAAUCUGCUCCAAGCCUUGAAGAAAGUCUUUGCUCACAAGGAACUGGAUUCUCUGGUGAUCGUAUUGAGAAGCUGUCCAGAUCAGCCUUCUGAAUUCCUGUCUGAUUUCAUCCAGCAGUCCACUCUGGGACGGAGUCUCUUCAUUCAUGUAACCACCUACAAAUGUGAUGAUCACGUGCCUUCUGCUGUUCUGAAGAACCUCACAGAUGCCCUUGGGGGCUACUACCACUGCUACAGCCCAGAAUCAGAGCUCUAUACCAGUAGGGACGUGGAUGAGCUCCUGGCAGAGACCCGCAAGGCUCAAGGCCUCCUCAGACAGGUGCAAGCCCUGUGUCACAGCAGCCCAUGUGAAGAGCUGUCCUGCAUGAUCAACGAAAUCUCUCUAGAGCUCACCAAAGGGCCGUUCACCAGUCUCUUGCCUAAACCUCCAAAGCAUGAAGCUCCUCUCACAAUCAAGUUCCCAGACUUGGACAAGACUUCUGCAGAAUGGCUGAAGAUCAAUGGUCUAAAAGCCAAGAAGUUAAACCUUUAUCAGGUUCUGGCACCCAACGCCUUCAAUCCUGUGGAAGAAUUUGUGCCUAUUCUCCAGAAAACAGUAGCAGCUACUAUCCACGAGAAAGCAAUGGUACAAUUUGAAUGGCAUGACGGAACAAUGAAGAAUAUCCAUGUGGACCCACCCGUCCUCUUUGAGUACCAGAAGCAGCUCGGGAAAGCUGUGCAGAUAUAUGAGAAGCGGCUCCAGUGGCUCUCCCUGACCAGCAGAAGAAUCUGGGGCACUGUCUGUCAAAGAAGGGUGGUUAUACUGCUGGAUGUCUCGGUGACCAAUUCCAUGUACAUUAUUCAUAUCCAGCACUCCCUGCGACUACUGCUAGAGGAGCAGCUGUCCAACAAAGACUACUUCAACAUCAUUGCGUUUGGGAGCACGAUUGAGAGCUGGAGGCCGGAGAUGGUUGCUGUGAGCCAUGACAACUUACAAAGAGCCUGGCGGUGGGCCCUAAGCCUGCAGUGUCAAGGAAGCAGAAAUGUCCUCGGAGCCCUCAGGAAGGCCAUAGAAGUGGAUUUCAAGGACAAAACCAAACAUGAGUCUCAGGGCAUCUACCUCUUCACUGGGGGUGUCCCUGACCAAGAUGUGCACAUAAUCAGCGCCUAUGUGGCAGAGGCCUGUGGGGGGUGCGACCUCCAGCUAAAUGUCUGUCUCUUCUAUGUGGGUGAGCCACAGAUGGACACCACGCCCCCAGCCUGCUAUGCCAGCCGUACUGACACUGCUACUGCCUACAAAGAGGUCGCUCAGGCUGCCUGUGGCCGCUUCCACUGGUUUGGAGAGACAGGUAUUUAUGAGAGUGAUGAUAUCAACGCCAUUGUAUCUGAGAUAGAAAAAGCCCUCAACUACUCCCAAAAGUGUGCCUUCCUUGUGGCCUCCCUGAAGAACCAGUCAGGAAAAGAACUGAAAAGUGGAGCACCUGAGAAAGACAAGACAACAACUCUGCAGCAAAAUCAACCCAAGAAACUCUAUCCUCCCAAGCCCACAGCCCCCUCCGUGGCAAGAAUGAGCAUUAAAGAUGACCCGGAUGGAGAAGCAAGCUCUCAGCUGAAAAUUCUGAAGUGCCAUCCCCUCAAUGGUGAAACGAGGGUCUCUCCAGCUGCAGCCCAACCUGGGAAAGAAGCGAUGGUGGAACAGAGGAUGAAGGCCAACCCCAGAGCAAAAGCAAAGCUCUUUCUGUUCUACACAGAGUCUGGGAAUAGUGUGGGUUCUGUGUACAAGAGGUACACUCAAGGAAAAUCUAUUAGAAGAAUUAAUUCUUCCAUUGAACUGCCCAGGAAGGACACUGUUUGCUCAAGUCAAGAGUGGACAGCCACUUGCAGGCUGAAGAGGCUGAAACUGGAGCUCUCCAAAUGCCUUGGUCCCAACUGUAGAUAUCAAACGUCAGUACGGGGGCCAGCCCUGGCCAAACACUGCACUCUCUUCCCCAGUAUAGAGAUCAAUGGAGUGGUGAGACACAUCCAGUGGACGCUGUGGGAAAUAGAGACGUACAUCACAUGUAUGGAGAAGGUGACCAAGUGCUAUGUGCAGAGACUGCACUGGCUGCUGUCCGGGAGCCGCAGGCUGUUUGGCACCAUCUUGGAGAGCAAUGUGUGCAUCUUGCUGGACACCUCAGGGUCCAUGGGCCCCCACUUGCAGUGGAUGAAGACAGAGCUCGUUCUACUGAUUUGGGAGCAGCUGAGGAAGCACUGUAACCGUUUUAACCUGCUCAGCUUUGCAGAGGACCUGAAGCCCUGGCAGGACACGCUGGUGAAGAGCACAGAGCCUGCAUGUCACAAGGCUAUGAAGUGGGUGGCCCACCUGCAAGCCCAGGGGAGCACCUCAGUCUUAGCAGCUCUGACGAAAGCCUUCAGCUUUCAGGAUGUGCAAGGACUGUAUCUCCUGACUGACGGGAAGCCAGACACGAGCUGCAGCCUUAUACUGGACACUGUCCAAAAGUUCCAGAAGGAGAGAGGUGUGAAGGUGCACACUAUCUCUCUGACCAGCACAGACAGAACAGCAAUGGAGUUCCUGAGGAAGCUGGCUUCUCUCAGUGGGGGACGUUACCACUGCCCUGUUAGUGACGAGGCCCUCAAGGGGAUUCAAGGCUUGCUGGUCAGAGGCUUCAUCAAGGAAAGGGAUCCAAAGUUGCCACUGUUCGAAGGCGAUGACUUGAAGAUACUGGCAGAGGAGUUUACCAAGGCUAGAAACCUCCUCAAACAAGCCCAGGUCUUCAGAUCCCAGCUCUUGAAGAAAAAUGACAUGAAAUCAAAGGUUACUUCUUGCUAGAGACAUGUUCUCAGUGACUCCUGCUUAUCUGUCAAGGCAUAGCUCAGAUAGCAUCGUUGCACUGUGAAGAUGUCCCUGGGACCCAUCCAGGACCUCCAGGAAGAUCCGAUGCUUUUGACUUUCCUCUUCUGGUUGUCAUGACUGCUGUGCCUCUUGUGGCGUUCAGCACUGCAGACCACCAUGCCUGCCCAGCGUUCUGAGCUUUCUUGAACGUGGUUCCUCCAAGAAACUGCUGUCUUAACCACCUAUGGAUUCCCAGACCCUGCCCUAUAGCAGUCUCAUGGUAAGCAGUGAGUGACAGCCCAGCUCUGGAUAGCAUCCAGAUGAGGCGUCUCCUCCUAGUUCCUCCCCCAUACCUCUUACCACUCCAUCCAUGGCCCAAGGCAGGUACCAGCAGCCUAACUUGGGGAAAGACACAGCUAAGAGCCCAGUCCACUACCACCCACAUCACUUGCUAACUGGAGGCUGCUACGGACCCAGUUCUGCUACAGCCUCAAAAAUCAGACUUCACCCUUUGAGCCCAGCUAUGCUAUGUACAAACGAGUCCGGGGGUGCGGUGGGGGGGGGGGGGGGUGACAUCACAUCUUAGAUCAGCUGGGAUCAUUUCCUAA